UGCUAAUAGCCUAAUAGAUGAAGGUUCCACCUUGGCGGGUCUACUAGCUCCAUGAAUCUUAACCGGCGAUAGGCGAGUUAGGCUCACUUUGCUCCCGUAGCUAGAAGCUUCCAAACCAGAACCCAAUUCCUAUAUUAGGGCCCUUUUUUUUUUUUCUUGUGUUUUUUUUUCUCUCCCCGCCAAGAAUUAGGGCUUUUCACACAUCUCCAUUUCCACCUUCAAUUUGCUAUCCACUGGGUCUCCUAAAAAACCCUAAUAACGAUCCAUCCCCUUAAUCGAAGAAAGCUUCCAUGGCGGAGCACUUGGCAUCGAUCUUCGGCACCGAGAAGGACCGCGUCAACUGCCCGUUCUACUUCAAAAUUGGCGCAUGUCGCCACGGAGAUCGGUGCUCUCGCCUCCACAACCGGCCCACGAUCUCGCCGACGCUCCUCCUCUCCAACAUGUACCAGCGGCCGGACAUGAUCACCCCCGGCGUGGACGCGCAGGGCCAGCCCAUCGACCCGCGCAAGAUCCAAGAGCACUUCGAGGACUUCUACGAGGACAUCUUCGAGGAGCUUAACAAGUUCGGCGAGAUCGAGAGCCUCAACGUCUGCGACAAUCUCGCCGACCACAUGAUCGGUAACGUCUACGUUCAGUUCAAAGAGGAGGACCAGGCCGCCGCCGCCCUGCAGGCUUUGCAGGGCCGGUUCUACUCCGGCCGGCCGAUUAUCGCCGAUUUCUCGCCGGUCACAGAUUUUCGCGAGGCCACGUGCCGGCAGUUCGAGGAGAACAACUGCAACCGAGGUGGGUACUGCAAUUUCAUGCACGUGAAGCUGAUUGGGAGGGAGCUGAGGAGGAAGCUCUUUGGGAGGUACCGUGGGUAUAGGGUCAGCCGGAGCCGGAGCCGGAGUUUGAGCCCGAGGCAUAGGCGAGAUCAUAGGGAUUAUUUGGACCGUGAUUAUCGUGGGAAUGGGAAGCGAUCGAGUAGGGACAGGUAUGAGAGAGACGGUAGUAGUGGGAGGAGAAGGCACGGGAGUCCUAGGCGUAGCGGGAGCAGGAGCCGGACCCCCGUGCCAGGGAGGGAAGGGAGCGAGGAGCGGCGAGCGAGAAUUGAGCUGUGGAACCGAGAGAAGGAGGAGAGGCAGUGAGAUGUCUGGAGGCGGUUUCCCUUUCCAUUUGUUACGGGCCAGAUCUGGUAGCCUGAAAACUGGGCUUGCCGAGCUCAAAGUUGUUCAGAAAACGGCUUCCUGGUUUUAUUUUCUAGUCAGAAACUUUUCCCUCUCUCUCUCUCUCUCUCUCUCUCUCUAAUGAUUUUUCCAUUUAUGCUUUUAGGGCCAGAUCUGGUAGCCCUGAAUAUUGGGCUUGCCGAGCUCAAAGUUCCUCAGAAAAUGGCUUCCUGGUUUUAUUUUCUAGUCAGAAACUUAUACCUAUUUUGCUUUCUUGCUAAUGAUUUUUCCAUUUAUGCUUUUAGGGUCAGAUCCUGAAAAUUGGGCUCGCCGAGCUCAAAGUUGGUCAGAAAACGGGUUCCUGGUUUCAUUUUUUAGUCAAAAGCUUAAUUGUUUUUUUUUUUUUUUUUUUUUUUUAUCUAUUGAUAUUUCCAUUUAUGCUUUUAGGGCCAGGUCUGGUACCCUUAAAAACUCUAAAGUUUGUCAGAAAACAGGGAAAGUUGUCUGGUUAAUGUAUCAAGCAUGUAUCUUAGUUUUGUUUUUCUUCUAACCAAAAGAAACAUGUUUAUCAGGGAACAACAUUAUGCUUUUCUGCCUCUAGGAAGAGCCAAAAAAAAAGGUUAUGUGUUUCCCUUCUUGAUAACUUAGGGACAUACUUAUGUGUCCAAAACAAAUUGAGUUGGUGCCUCUCUGUGUGUUUUAGUGGCUUUAUAGGAAAUUUGUUUGACCCGUUCUGUUAGAAACAUAAACACCCUUUUACCCCGUUAUUCUUUUGAAUCCAAAAUUGACCUCCUUCCUCCUUUGCACUAGUGCUGCAGAUAUAGGGUUUUAUCCAUGAUCAUCUGGUCAAGACCGUUGUUUUGGAGGGACAAGGUAUUACUUCUUGAAGCGUUCAUUCAAAAAAUGUCUGAGGAUUAAGGCGCCAUAACUUCAGCAGCUCCAACCUUGACAUGUCUUCAAGCUUUCAUGAGGUUUGGCAGAGUGCGAUUACUAGUGACAGGUCCUUGACUAAUUUUUACAAGAAAUGGUGAAGUUUCACCCGUGCAGAAUUAUGUCGUUUGAGGAAGAAAUGGGAGUUAGUGACCGCUUUCUUAUUAUAUAUAUAUGUACACACGCUCGCGAUAGAAAUUCCAGGCUAGAUUAUCUGCGCGUGUUACCAUUGCAGUUCUCGUGUUAUAUAUAUAUAUAUAUACACGUUUGAAUGAGAAUUGCGCCUAUUAAUGGA